AUGCAAGUGUCAGACUCGCGAUAUGAUCGCUCUUACAACUAUAUAUGGUACCAGGACAAGGGACAGUGGUCGACUCGAUUCACAGCAUGGUAUGUUCCUGGACUGCUCUACCGGGCAGAAGGAGACGACGUGGAGUGUGGUAUUGCUGCAAUCGAGAGUGUACUCGCCACUCAAAUGACCAUUGACUUCGAUGCUGCUUGGUAUGGUACUUUCAAAGUAUCACCAGAUGCGCCGGAUCCAACACCCGACGGUACACUGUACCCACCCGAUAUAUACAACACUUACGAUCCAAAUUGGAGAGAGUUCGUUGGUACGCAACUUGUUCAAAUCGUGGAAGAGUUCUCCCAUCUUCUCACUGAUGAUUUAAUAAGUCAGAUAGAAGACGCCCUAGAGAUUGGGGCGGUUGGGGAGAUGCGACGAAAUGGGAGCUACCCCGAGGACGACAACCUCAUUCUGGCUUAUACCAACCCUGCACUGAUGCGAGCGCUGACGGUAGGCUGGAUUGGGAAGCGGAGGAACAACCAGACCAUGAUUGACUAUGCCUGGAAGCAAGGCGAAGAUUUGCUGGCAUUAUAUCAACGCAACGGAUCCGACACAUUGGGGGAGUACAAUGCACCCAACUAUUACGGCAUGGACAUAUGGGCACUCGCGGCCAACAUUGCAUAUGGGCCCUCAGAUGCGCCUAUGACCAAGAACUCCAAGAUUAUUUUGUCCGACCUGUGGAAAGAUAUCGCGGCGCAUUACAAUCCCUACCUAGGAAACUUGGUAGGGCCUUAUGACCGCGCUUACAGUCGCGACGCAACGACACACUCUCAGAUUCUCACCUUGUUCUUGUGGGGAAUAUUUGGCCGUGAAAACAGUCCACAGCCUCCCAAAGGUGAAGGCGACUUCCUCUUCGAUGUGGCCCAAGGAGCUGCACUAGCUCUGAUCAUGGAUGUGGUUGGCCAACAUAUCGAUGACGACUCAGCGGCGACAUUGACAGCACAGGGCUGGUGGGAAGGUGGUCGCUUCUUGAAUAACACGAUCUGGGACGACUUAACCGCGGACAAAAAGCGGACCGCAACCUCGUGGAUCAGCGCUGGCCUCAUGAUCGGAGGCGAGACUGUUGCCGAGGCGGAAAAUCGCGGCGAUCAAUUUGUGCCCGCCAUUGUUCACUGGGCAUCGGAUCCCAAGCACACGCCGCGACCAUACAAUGGGUUCUUUUCGCUGUACCCAAGCGCAUCGACAGUCACCGCAGUAGCAGGCCCUAAUACUCUCACGGUUUCUUACCCGAAUACGACACAAGAAGGGACGAAUAUUUUCACCUUUGCACUUACUGGCAUCCCGCCUUCCUGGACGCUCAAGAACCGGCAUAUAGUCACAGGGUUCGACGACCUUCCGUGUUUGGACGUCAAUGUGUCUGCCCCGGGGCUUAAACCGUUGGAUGUUGCAUACGGCGCAACCCUCCGUGACCACUGGAUCUACAAUAUCUCGUACGCUGUACCGGCAAACUUUUCGGGAACGCCGCAGGUUCAUUUUGAACUGGAGUAUACGUGUUAA